AUGUGGCCUCUUGGACCAUCUACUGAAGUUGUGAUGGACGGGCGCGUGUCUCCAUCCGCGCGUUUCGCGCAGAGCCCCGGAAACUCCGCCAGGGUUCACAGCAUCGAGGCGAUAUUGGGAUUUAAAGAUGGCAUCGUCAACAAAUCGGCCUCCUUCAACAGCACGACGGAGAUGGCAAAAGACAGCAAACGGAGCGGGGAUGUGGUUGUAGCCCCGCUUAAGAAAAGUCGUCAAAGUUUUGACAGUGUGUGUACCACGAACACAUCGGAGGGCCCCGUGAGUCCCGACUCGCAGGAGGGAGACGGCAAACUGUCGGAUGAGGAAAACACGAAGAAGAAGCACCGGCGGAACCGGACCACGUUCACCACCUUUCAGCUCCACGAGCUGGAGAGAGCCUUUGAUAAGUCCCAUUAUCCGGAUGUGUACAGCCGAGAGGAGCUCGCCCUCAAAGUCAACCUGCCGGAGGUCCGCGUGCAGGUGUGGUUCCAAAACCGACGGGCGAAAUGGAGGCGCCAGGAGAAGAUGGAGGUGAGCUCCAUCAAGCUCCAGGACAACCCUUCCUCCUUGCUGUCCUUCAGCCGCUCCCCAACCAACUCCCUUGGCGCUGGUUUGCAGCUGGAUCCCUGGCUCACAACGCCGAUCACCACCUCCACCUCGCUGCAGUCGCUCCCGGGAUUCAUCAGCGCUUCCCAAGGCCUUCCAGGCCACUAUACACCGCCUCCCCCGCCUCCACCUCCGAUGCCUUCCUCCUUGCCAACCUCCUUCCUCAGCUCCCCCGCCCUGGGACACGGCCAUCAUCUGCCCCAUAUAGGUUCCAUAUGUCCCAUGUCCCCCACCACAUACCAGUGUUCAGGAUUCAUAGAUAAGCUGGCCCUGGAGGAGACAGAUCCGAGGAACUCCAGCAUUGCCUCGCUGAGGAUGAAGGCAAAGGAGCACAUCCAGUCUAUUGGGAAAACUUGGUGAAGUUGUAUGGACUGCUGUGAUGCACAUUCACACUCAGAGACACUGACUAUUGCAUCUGUUGACAACUGGCACAAUCCUCAUGCUUAUGGAUCAUUUUCUAAUUUUUUUUCUUAUUUUUUUUUUUUGAAGAGUGCU